AUGUCUCGACUUCAAUUGCAACAUAUGCUCAAGUCGCGAAGGCAUUUACAGAUUCGCGCCUCCCUACCAAGACAUGCAUUUUCAACCUCGGCACGAUGUGCGAUCAUGGAACUGACCGGUUUCACCUCAGAACAGCUCACAGUUCGAGAAGCCGUUUCGCAAAUCUGCUCAAAAUUUCCCAACACAUACUGGCAAGAGCGCGACCAACUGGAGAAAGACCCCAGCGAGUUUCAUGCCGCCUUGGCGAAGGAUGGCUGGCUUGGUAUUGCACUGCCCGAAUCCCUCGGCGGAGCUGGACUGGGUAUUUCUGAGGCUACGAUGAUGAUGCAAACGAUCGCUCAAUCGGGUGCAGGCUUGGCAGGGGCGCAGGCCAUUCACGCCAAUGUAUAUGCCACGCAGCCACUGGCCAAGUUUGGUACGAAGAAGCAGCUUGAGACUAUCAUUCCAAAGAUUAUCAACGGCACUUGGCGUACUUGUUUUGGAGUAACUGAACCGAACACGGGACUUGAGACGCUGAAGCUUAAGACUUUCGCGACAAAGACCGCUGACGGGUACUCGGUUACUGGUCAGAAGAUCUGGAUUACGUGCGCACAGGUUGCUUCUAAGAUGAUUCUACUUGCGCGGACCACGCCUUUAGAGGAGGUCAAAAAGUCGACAAAUGGCUUGUCACUAUUCUGUAUCGAUCUCGACCGAGAGAAUCCCGGGCUCGACCUGCGCAAGAUUAAGAAAAUGGGUGGUCGCGCCGUAGAUGCGAACGAAGUCUUCUUGGACAAAUAUCCCAUACAUAAAAACACGCUCAUCGGCCAAGAAGGCCAAGGAUUUAAGAUAAUUUUGCAUGGCAUGAAUGCCGAGCGGUGCCUGCUAGCCGGCGAAGCGCUCGGUUUGGGUUAUUUAGCCCUGGAAAAGGCAGCCCAAUAUGCUAAAGAGCGAGUGGUGUUCGGACGGCCGAUCGGCCAGAAUCAAGGUGUGGCGCACCCACUGGCUGAUGCAUACAUGAAGCUGGAAGCGGCGAAGCUGGCUACAUACCACGCAGCUCGGCUCUACGACUCAGCCGACAGCUCGGUCCCGCUCCAUGCCAUUGGCGUGGCUUGUAACAGUGCAAAGUAUCUGGCGGCUGAGGCGGCGUUUAUUGCGUGCGAGAGGGCCAUCUUGGCUCAUGGUGGGAUGGGUUAUGCGAUGGAGUAUGAUGUAGAGCGAUACAUGCGAGAAUGUUUCGUGCCGAGAAUUGCGCCUGUGAGUCGUGAAAUGAUUCUCAACUAUAUAAGCGAGAAGGUGCUCCAGCUUCCUCGGAGUUAUUGA